GAAGAAGAGCAUCAUGUCCACCAUGGCUUGUGUUUAUUCUGAAAGUCUAACAUUGGACCUGCGUAUAAAACAGAAUUACAAUGCUCAAUUUGCAAAAUUGUGUUGGACAACUGGUAGGUAGAGUGAGAAGACAACAGUUCAUUGGUUUGCUAACAAGCUGGCAACGGUGAAAUCAGUUAGAUAACGUUAGCUAGCUACGCUACCAGUAUAAUCAAGUAGCUAACCUUGUUACUAAACGUUUCUUAGACUCGCUUUUCGACGCCGAAAACCCUUUACAUUGUAGCCAACGUAUGAGACAUCAUCUUCUAUAACUGGUGUUGGAAGGGUGGCUCCCUUCACGUCUUUUUCCUCGAUGUCUCAGCGCAAACAUGUUGAAUUGCUUUGUUUACCUUUUGAAUUUGACGGAAUUUACCCAGAGUGCAACGCGUUAUUUACAUUAUGACGUAAAAGUGAAAUCAGGCCAUUUCCGGCCAGCACAAUUCACAGCACCAUGGAUCAGGUGAUAUGUCAGCUGAUGAGCAGAAGAACCAGGAAGAGAGAUUGGGUGUCAUAGCGUUGUUAUUUCUCAAGAAGUAUUAUAUUUAUAAACCCAAGACACAUCAUAAUAUCUGAGAAACACAUUAUUAUUGCUACACAAAGACAAUACAUUCAAAAUGUUUGCCGCUGACGACGAGGAUGGAGAUUUUCUGUCGCCUACUGGAGGGGCAAAGCUGGCAUCACUUUUUGGACUGGACAAAGCACCAAGUCCGGGGAAUGAAUCCUUCCAAUAUACAGCCCCUAAACAGCCUAGGAAGACCUCGAAUCAAGGACCUCCUGCCCAGAAACACACUGCCCCUCCUGGUACUCCUGCGGUAUUAUUGGCCACAGCUAUCCAUGCUUUCAAAUAUCUUAACGGACAGUAUCAGAAACAAGGAAAGCUUGGAGCUGCAGUCCUGGGUAACCACACAACCAAAGAGUACAAACUCUUGCUGUACGCCAGUCAACAGAAACAAGUGACUGCGGCCAAGAUUCAUGUUGGGUUCGUCUUUACGGUUCAGCCCAGCAACUACUGCACUUUUUAUGACGACCAGCGUCAGAACUGGUCCCUGAUGUUUGACACAGACAAAGCUGCCGUGGACUUUUGUAAAGAGGUAUGUUUGGCAAAAGUGAACAGCGCCCCCUCCUUAGAUAUGGUGGUGGUGCAGGACCUGACACUAGGGGAGGGGCAGGGGGUUGAGAAUGGAGACUCCCUGGAGGUGGCAUACACAGGCUGGCUCCUGCAGAACCAUGCCGUCGGACAGGUGUUUGACUCCAAUCUGAACAAAGACAAGCUACUACGAUUGAAACUUGGCGCUGGAAAAGUGAUUAAGGGCUGGGAGGAGGGCAUGCUGGGUAUGAGGAAGUCAGGCCGGCGUCUCAUGGUGAUACCCCCCAGUCUGGGAUACGGCUCCCAAGGAGUGGCCAACCGCGUCCCAGCAGACUGCACACUUAUCUUUGAGGCAGAGCUACGACGGUUGAAGUUGGCGAAGGACAGCGUGUCUGACCGUGCCAGUGCUGGGUCUCGGGACUCUGCUGCCCCCUCACCUGCCCCCAGUGUGGAGAACCUGGGCCCGGACCUUCCGGCAGGGCCCGCUCAGCCCCCUUCUACAAGCCCCGGGAGACCAGGAGAAACACCACUUCGGGCAAAGUCAAAUUCCAUCAGUGAACAGUUGACAAAUCCAGAUGCCACCAAAGCCAAGCUGAUCUCUCGCAUGGCCAAGAUGGGACAGCCCAUGUUGCCCUUCAUGGCAGGGCCCUCCUCCCAGCCAGACUCCAGCGACUCAGAGAUGGAGGACUCCAGAGUGAAGGCGCGUCCUGCUGCUCCCUCUCCUGUGCAGAUCUCCACUGCCCCCCAAGCGCCAGUGCAAGUGCUUUCCUACCCUCAUGGGGCACCGCCCUCUGCCUUGAUGCCUGUCGCUAUGACAACUGCCGCUCCGCAGCCUGUGAUGCCAGGCUCCGCCCAUGCCUUUCAGCCUUAUGCCUACACACAGUCCUCUAUGGCUCCAUCUCAACUUCAACCAAUGGGCCAGAUUUACCCCACCCAGACAGUGCCGUACAUGGGAGGCACUGGCGAGGUCACUUCCUUCCUCAUGACUGAAGCUCGGCAGCACAACACUGAGAUCCGAUUGGCUGUUGGCAAAGUGGCCGAUAAAGUGGACCAGUUGGCGUCAAAGGUUGACGACCUUCAGAGGCAAGGAGGCCACUCAUUGGCUAUGCCCAGUGUCACUAUGGAAACAUCCAUGAUUAUGCACAACAUCCAAAGAAUCAUUCAGGAAAAUGAAUCUUUAAAGAAGGAUGUCUACGAGAAGAGCUCACGUGUAGAGGAGCAGAACCACAAGAUUGGGGAGCUCAUCAACCAGAACCAGAGGUACAUGGAGCAGAGUAACCUGCUGAUGGAGCAGAGGAAUGACUCCCUGAAGUCAUCCAGUGAACACAACCAGGCCCGGGUGCUGCAGGCCCAACAGGAUAAGCAUGCUCUGCCUCAGGACCUGGGCUUGGGCCAGGUGCGUCUGACAGAGGAGCUGGCCACGUGUACAGCGCGGGUGUCCCAGCUGCAGCAGGAGGCCACGUCUCACCAGCAGAGGGCUGCAGAGCUGCAGAGCAAACUGACCUCUGCCCUGCAGGACAGCGACACACACUGCACACACAUCUCCUCCUUAGAGACCCAACUGGAAGAGCUGAAGGAGACGUCAGAGCGAGGCCAGGCCCAGUACCGUACAGAGAAGCAGAAACGCAAAGAGAUGGAGCUCAGAGUGCAUAACAUGGAGGAGGAGCUGCAGGACCUGAAGACUGACAAAGAAAGUUUGGAACGAACACUGUCGGACAGGAAGAGGAAGUGGCAGGCGGAGAGGCAGCGGUGUGAUGAGGAAAUGGAGGAGCUGAGGAGGAGCAGCCAGCAGGACAUGGACAGUCUGAAGACCCAGCUCCGGAAGGCCAGGACCAGCACUGGCCAGGCAGCCUCAGAACAGCUAGCCCAGCUGCAAGCAGAGCUGGAGGAGGAGUGGAAGGGGAAGUGUGAGCAGGCGUUGGCCUCUGCCCAGGAGCAGCAGGGGCGUCAGAUGGCCGAACUGGCAGAGCAAAAGGACACACUGGAGCAGGGACUGACCCAGCUACAGGAAAAGUUCUCAUCUCUGAAGCAGUCCAGGGACUCAGAGGAGCAGUGCUUGCUACAGCAGCAGGGACAGGACGAGGAGCUGCAGGUCCUACAAGAAAAGUAUUCAGGCCUGCAGGAGCAGUCAUCAGCUAUGAAGCAGAAGCUUGAGGGGCGAGUGGCUGAGCUGGAAAGGAGGCUGGCAGAGCAAGGGGGCCAAGAGGACACUGCAGGACGGGACACUGCAGGACAGGACACUGCAGGACGGGACACUGCAGGACAGGACACUGCAGGGGAGCCCUGUGUGCCCUGGCAGGUGAAGCGUGUGAUGAACGGAGUGUUCCACUCUCUGAGGGGGGAGUUUGACCUACACGAGACCUACACAGGCAGUGCUGUGCUCAGUGUAAUCGUCAACACCAUAAAGAGUGUUACUUUGCAACUGCUCAAUGGUACUGAGAGACCUUCGUCCCAUCGGAGGGAAGAGGAGGAGGAGGAGGAGGAGGUGGUGGAGGACAGUGAUGUGAGGCAUAGAGAGGAGAGACCACCACAUGAUGUCCAUGUGAAUGGGGAGGAAGAGGAGGAGCAGAGGACAGAGCCAGAGCAGCCUAGUGAGGCCGUUGGGCAGAGGGAGGGAGACCCCAGAGAUGUGCAGAAGAGGUCUCACCUGGAGGCAGUACCAGAGACCGAGAAGCCGACUAAGGUGGAGCUAGAGGCAGACAUCUACACAGAUCCAGAGCACCAAUCACACUCAACUCAGCCACGACCAACAUCUCCCCAGCCACAGGGAGAUAACACCACCGAGGCUUCGGAACCCACUGACAUAAACCCUGAGGAGAAUCUGCCCUCUGAGAUGGGACCGAAAACUCAGUCAGAAGGUGACAUAAGUACCCCAGAGGUGAAGAAAGUGAGUGUGACUAUUGAGGGUCCCAUGGGUGAACUGGAAAUAACUAGCCCCAAAGCCACCGGUCCUCCAACCCAGCCCCCACCUCCACCAAGCCCUCUGCAUGAUAGUCCUGGGAAAGUAACAAGUCUGACUGAGGGAGUAGGAGAGGAAAAUGGGAAGGAGACAUUUUUCCAGAGCACAGCCCCAACCAAACCCCCACCACCACCCACUGAGGAGGAGGAGGAGGAGGAUGAGCUGAGCUUGAAGGGGCGACCUCCCCCAGCCCCUCUGUUUGGUGAUGAAGAGGAUGAAGAUCUUGACUGGCUGGGCUGAGCAACAACUGAAGUGAUAGGUCUUAUGAGUCUUAAACGCCCUCCUCUAGAGAUAUGAUUUCCACUGUCCUAGAAGAGACUAUACUUGGAAGGACAUGUAGUGAACUCAGUCUCUGUUUGAGAUAAUGCAACUCUGAGUGAGAAGGACGUCCUGUCAGACUGCCCUGAACACUGCGGUUAAAGAUCUGUGUGCUGUGUUGAUCUGUAGGGCUGACCUGAUUGCUGUUGCCUGAAAGCCCCCCCGAAAAUGCAAUCAAAGUCAAUCCAUCUCUUGUUAGUCCUGUAAUUUGUUGUCUUCAUUGUGUCUUCAAGACAAAUGAUGCUCUAGGGUCUUUUAAAUACUGUAGCUCAGAUGUUAAUUUAUCUGAUUUGAUUUAAAAUGUAUGUUUGCUUGUUGUCAAGGGUUACAAGGCUGUCAUGUAUUAAUGAGGAGGGCUUGCUGCUUCAAGAACAUCUAACUUUUACACAUUUUUGCUGACUGAGAUUCAUUCCAGAAAAUAAAAGACAUAGAAUACGUGGACA